AUGGGUAUCGACCUCGAUCGCCAUCACGUCAAGGGCAGCCACCGCAAGGCGCCCAAGAGCGACAAUGUCUACCUCAAGCUCUUGGUGAAGCUGUACCGCUUCCUUGCUCGCCGAACCGACGCCAACUUCAACAAGGUUGUGCUCAAGCGACUUUUCAUGUCCCGCAUCAACCGGCCUCCGAUGUCCAUCUCCCGCAUCGCCAGCAAGGUCAGCACCGAGAGCGCACAGAAGGCGUACAAGGACAAGACCAUCGCCGUGGUUGGAACCGUCACGGACGACGACCGCCUCCUGACCGUGCCUGAACUCCACAUUGCCGCCCUGCGCUUCACGGCCACUGCCCGCGCCAGGAUCGAGAAGGCCGGCGGCGAGUGCUUGACCCUCGACCAGCUCGCCUUGAGACACCCGACCGGCAGCAACGUCGUCCUGCUCCGAGGCCCCAAGAACGCCCGCGAGGCCGUCAAGCACUUCGGCUUCGGCCCCCACAAGCACAAGAAGCCAUACGUCGAGAGCAAGGGUCGCAAAUUCGAAAAGGCCAGAGGACGAAGACGAUCAAAGGGUUUCAAGGUGUAA